AUGGCCUGGCAGUCUCUGUCGGGCAUGGGCGGUGGUGGGAACAGUGGUGGGAAUGGCAGUCAAGAUGGAUCCCAGCAGCAGGGGAACCAACCCCAGGGCACUGAAUAUACUCUACAGGGUGUAAUGCGCUUUCUCCAGACCGAAUGGCACAGACACGAGCGAGAUAGAAACGCGUGGGAGAUCGAGCGGCAAGAGAUGAAGGGCCGAAUAGCUCGACUGGAGGGCAGCACCAGGAAAUCCGACAGCUCGAAUAAAGCCCUGAAGAAAUAUAUCAAUAUGCUGGAGAAGGCUCUCAAGGAGAGAGAUUCUCAGGUCAAGGCAUUGAAGGCUGGCAAGGAGAUAAAUAUCGAGUCCAUUCGGGACCAGAAGGAGAAGGCCAGUGCAGCUUCCAAGAAGGACCAUGUGCGACGUAGGUUUUUGGUCUCUGAUCUUAAUGUACGGCAGCUGACCGUAGAUUUAGCAACGCAAGACAAGCCUCACAAUUCGUUUCUAGAUGUCGAAGAGGGCGAAGAAAAGCCCGAUGAAGACCCUGAUCGCGGAAGUCUUAAAGGUUUUAUGGACAAGACACAAGGAGAGCUCACCUACCUCAUGGUGUCGCCAUCGAACCCGCUACCUCCUCGAGAUCCUCCGUCUCCUGAAGAUAUCCUAUUACAACCCCCGUCUUUUGGGCAGGGACCUAGUCAACAGAGCCUGGAGGAGAUGUACCAACAGCAACCAAGACAGAAAAACAUGCGCGAGUCUAGUCUGUCACGACCGUCACCAACUCCGAACCACCACCCUCCACCAGUACCUACAUCAAACCUGGCUGUAAGAAACCCUGAAGUGCCCAUGUCAAGAUCUCUCGCCGACCAACAACCCUUGCCACAACCCACGCAACAAGAAUGGUCUACCACCUUCCAAAUGCCCGAUCCGCCAGAGGAGGAGGUGACCAAAAUCAAUCAUAGUUUUGAUUCAUAUGGGCGGCCGGCAGAUCUUGAAACGACGACAGAUAAAGAACCCGCGACAGAGGCAGACGGUUGGGAUUUUAACGACGGGGCACAAUUCGCGGAUCCAGAUAUCAAACCAGCCCCCCAACGACCAGACACAGAUUUAUUUCCAGUUGCACAGGAUGCACCGAAAUCACCUAACCGAGGACCAGGAUCGCAUCGUAGGAAGACUUCAAUAUCGCGGCGGAAAAGUGGGGAGCCUGACCUUGCACUGAACCAGGCUUUGAAGGUGGAUGGUGGCAGUUUCAAAGUGAGGUUCGGACUAAGGGGACACCUGGAUGCAGUGAGAUCCGUUAUCUUUACUGGUGGUGGAAGUCCUGGGGAGCCUGAAAUAUGCACUACUGGCGAUGAUGGAACUAUCAAGCGGUGGAUCAUACCCGCAAGGUACGAUACCCAACCCGGAAUGCACAACGGUCCAAACGACCUGGACAUCCAGAGUUAUUUCACACAUCGUGGACACACCGGAACCGUCAUGUGCUUGACAGCCUGGUCGCCAUCCCAGAAUUUCUCCAGUGGUGGACGAGCCCAAGGUGAUGGAUGGAUAUUCUCCGGAGGUCAAGAUGCGACUGUCCGAGUCUGGGAACGCGGGAGAGUUGAUCCAAAGGCGACUUUAGAUGGCCACACGGAUGCUGUUUGGACAGUAUGUGUUCUGCCUGGAACGACAGGGGCUGUUUUCGGCCAGAACAACGCUUAUGGCGGCCCGGAUCGAAUCCUGCUUGCAUCUGGAGCUGCUGAUGGCACGGUCAAGAUAUGGUCUGUCAGUGCUCCGCCGCAAUUGGUAUCACCUUCGGGCGGCAGUCAGCGAAGGGGUGGUCGUGUCCGAGGGAAUUCCAUGUCGUCUGGCUCGGCGUUCCCUUCCUCACCACAGCCCAGCGUGGCCUCAAAUUCCCCAUUUCAUUACACCUUAAUCCAUUCGAUCUCAAGAUCAAACAACACUGCCUCGCCGACUUGUAUCACACCUCUUUCUGCGUCAGGGGAUGCUUUCGUGGUCUCUUACUCUGAUGCCGCCGUGUUGGUUUAUGACACCAGGACCGGCGAAGAGGUUGCUUCAAUGGCCAGUCUGGAGACGUAUAAUGAUACGGCAUCAACAGGUGUCAAUGCAAUUGUCGCGACUACCAAUGGGCUGGAUGGGUCAUUGAGCUUCGAUUCUGGCAGAGGGCUUUCAGAAGACGAAGGCGUUGUUGGAGGGGCUACUGGCUCGAGCGGGGGUGUUGAGGGCAUUGUAAUCAGUGGCCACGAAGACCGAUUUAUUCGUUUCUAUGAUGCUAACAGUGGUAAGAGUCUCGAGCGUUCCUUUGAAAUUUUACAGCCAGCUAAUCAAACAUCAGGUCAAUGCACAUACAACAUGCUAGCUCACCCGGCCGCAAUCUCGGCCCUGUCACUGUCGCCAGAUGGCAGAGAACUAGUCUCAGCUGGUCACGAUGCAAGUCUCCGUUUCUGGAGUUUGGAAAAGCGGAGUUGCACCCAGGAAAUCACAAGUCAUCGUUUGAUGAGGGGUGAGGGUGUAUGUUCUGUAGUUUGGAGCCAGGAUGGGAGAUGGGUAGUCAGCGCCGGAGGAGACGGAGUCGUGAAGGUUUUCGCACGUUGA